AUGUCUGAGAAGUUUCCACCUUUAGAAGAUCAAAACAUUGAUUUCAUAUCCAAUGAUAAAAAAGAAGACGACACCGAUUUUUUGAAGAGAGAGGCAGAAAUAGUUGGAGACGAGUUCAAAACUGAACAAGAUGAUGGCAUAUUAGGAACAGAAGCCUCCCCCGCAAAAGAUGAUGAUGAAAUUAGGGACUUCGAAGAGCAAUUUCCAGAUAUCAACUCCACUAAUGGUGAAGUGACAAGCGAUAAUAACGGUAGCACUAUGAUACCUAGUAGUGAGGACAACGGCAAUGAGGGUGAUGAUUUCUCAAAAUUUGAAGGCGCCCCUGUCAAUCAAAGUAAAGAAUCUGUUAAAGAGGAUCGUUCUGAAGUUGUAGAUCAAUGGAAGCAACGUCGUGCCGUAGAGAUUCAUGAAAAAGAUUUGAAAGACGAGGAAUCAAAGAAGGAAUUGCAAGAUGAAGCUGUUAAACAUAUUGAUAAUUUUUACGAUUCGUACAAUAAGAAAAAGGAACAGCAAUUGGAAGAUGCUACAAAAGAUGCCGAGGCCUUCUUAAAGAAAAGGGAUGAAUUUUUUGGUCAGGACAAUACAACCUGGGAUCGUGCACUACAGCUAAUUAAUCAGGACGAUGCCGAUAUAAUUGGAGGUAGAGACAGAUCCAAGUUUAAAGAAAUCCUUUUGAGAUUGAAAGGUAAUGCGAAAGCUCCCGGUGCUUGA